AAGCCUAAAAUAUUUUCGAGUAUAAACAUGUUAAUUCCUCGCCCAGCUCAAGAUUACCAACAUUUGAUUUAGAAUAGUUCUUCAUUUUGGCCACGAGGACUACUAUAAGUUUGACUAACUACAUGAGAAAUACUUAGCUGAGAAGAACUGUGUUGGAGGGUAUGUGGACGACGAGCAGUGGUGGUCAAGGGAAGGUGUGGAUGAUGGAAAAGGAAGAAGAGAUAGAGGAAGUGUUGGCAACAGGCGACAGUCACAACACACUUCAACUGGACACUCUGGUCGGCCACAUAGAGAACAUCAUUCUCAGUGAUGAGUUUUCAAGCCUGAGAGAAGACUUCCUGAAGCAGCACUGCCAUGUAUUUGAAGAUAAGGAUGAGAACAAACUGGAGUACAUGGAUAUUUACAAACAAUAUACUAAUAUGAUUGAGGCCCACAUAGAAAAAGAGUUAUCUAACCUUGACAGCAGCUUUGAGAUGGCAUCAUUUCUACAAGAAUUAACUUCGUCUUGUGCCGUUGAUGGCGAAGUGUUUGAUCUUCUAAUGACUCUCACAGACUUUUUAGCUUUCAAGACGGCCAUGCUAGAUGUUAAGGAGAGUAAAGAAUUUGGAUGUGAUGAACUAGAGGAUUUGCUACAAAUAACAAGUCUUAAGUCCUAAAAAAGAGAUUAAUAUACAGAACAGUAUUUACUGUAUAAGGGAUUUAUAUGUACAGCAGUAGGACUCACCCACAG